UAUUGCUGUUAAUUUUAAGGUUAUCUACUUGUCAUAUAGAGGUUUGCUCUUUGGUUUUAUUAUUGUGAAUGAAUAUUGUUGAAAACAAACAAAGUUGUGCUAAUAGUGUAGUUUGGUAAUGUUUGUGAUUGAUAGCUAUUAAAUAAUAAUAAUGUCCGAUCCGGUUGUGGAAACCCCACAAGGUAAAAUAAAAGGGAAGGUGAUAAAGAUAUUCGAUGACUUUGAGUAUUCAAGUUACAAGGGAAUUCCGUAUGCAAAACCACCCCUUGGCGAAUUGCGAUUUGCUGCACCGCAACCGCCAGACUCAUGGGAGGGAAUCAGAGAUGGGACCAAAGAUUGCAACAUCUGCGCGCAGUUUGAUAAAGAGACCAAAAGCAUAGUAGGAGACGAAGAUUGUUUGUAUUUAAAUGUCUAUACGCCAAAGCUACCUUCAGAUAAAAAUGAGUUACUUCCUGUUAUGGUGUUUUUGCAUGGCGGUGGUUUUCUCUUCGGGCACGGGACCGACGAUUCAGCACAUGGACCGGAUUUUCUCGUAAAACGAAAAAUAGUCGUGGUCAGUCUGAACUACCGACUGGGAAUCCUCGGAUUUUUAUCCCUAGACCGUAAAGAGGCAACAGGUAACAUGGGACUCAGGGACCAAGUGCAAGCCUUGAAGUGGGUCCAGCAAAACAUUAAGGAGUUCGGUGGAGAUCCCAACAGUGUUACUAUUUUCGGAAUCAGCGCUGGUGGAGCAUCUGUAGAAUACCUCCUCCUGUCACCUAUGGCUAAAGGUCUGUUUCACAAAGCCCUUGCUCAAUCUGGUUCUUCUUUGUUACAUUGGGCUUAUAACGCUGAUGUCAAAAAGCUGGCCUCAAAAAUACCCUUUCUGAAUGGUAAAGUUGUUGUCGACGACGAUGACUUGUUAAAAUACCUGAAAGGUUUGUCGACUAAUGAAUUGAUUACCGCGUCUAUGCUGGCUUUGGCUACCGAUGAAUGGCGAGGUGGUAUUCACUUUGGUUUCGUGCCCACAGUUGAGAAACCAGGCGACUGGGAACCGUUUUUAAGCAAGCCUCCAUACGAACUGCUGUCUAAAGGAGAAUUUAACAAAGUUCCGUACAUGUCUGGGUUCUGUUCACGAGAAGGUCUGCUCAUGGUGUCUCACGGUGCACCGACUUUAGAGAAGUUCAUAAAAGAGAAGGUUUUCGUAGAUUACUUCCCGUUUGACCUCGAUGUCCCGGAAAAGAUUAAUACGGAACUUAAGUUGAAGACAAACUAUCUAGAAGCUGAGAGGAUCUAUGAGGAUCCUGACGCUUACGCAAUUGAUUUCUUCUCCGAUGUGGACUUUAUCGGUGGGAUUUACGUGGCUACAAAUUUAAUAGCUAAGCACAAUGCCCCUGUGUUUUUCUACGAGUUUGCUUACGAUGGAGGUUUGAAUUACAUCAAGAAGUGUUACAACAUCGACCGUCAGGGGGCGUGCCACGGUGACGACGGCGGCUACAUCGUAAGAAGUAACAAGCUAUCUACAUCCAUCAGUGACAUGGAUAAAAUUGUUAGAGAUACGAUGAACCAAUUAUGGGUUAACUUCGCGACCUAUGGGGAUCCUACGCCGAGGCUUGAUUUCUUGGUAACAACGAAAUGGGAGCCCAUCGCUGAAACAGGCGUCGCUUGCUUUGUGAUCGACAGAAAAAUGAAAAUGAAAUACGAAGUGUACCCAGAACGUAUGAAAGUGUUUGAAGAGCUUUACGAGAAAAAAUGCAGUACUAAAUGAUGUAUACGAGAUUAAUGUUAUGUCCAAAACUUUUGUACACAACACAGUAAUAUAUUCAACGUUUUUGAUAUUAUACGAAACAUUUUGAU